AUGGGUAAAAAGAGACGUGGUCCCUCCUUGGACGAGCUUAUGGCUCGUCCAUGGUGCUACUACUGUGAGCGCGAUUUCGACGACCUGAAGAUUCUCACACUGCAUCAAAAAGCGAAGCAUUUCAAAUGCGAUAAGUGUGGUCGCCGACUCAAUACCGCUGGAGGAUUGUCAGUGCACAUGAGCCAAGUCCACAAGGAACAGCUCACUGAGAUCGAGAAUGCGCUGCCUAACCGGGCAGGUCUUGACGUAGAGAUCUUCGGUAUGGAGGGAGUACCUGAUGAUGUGCUGCACGCUCAUCAGCAGCGCGUCGCUGCGCAGUUCGCCCAGGCUGAGGCUGAGCGCCAAGCAGCUACCGGCAACCCACCUUCGGGCAGUGUAGGUGGACAGCCGGCGAAAAAGCCGAAGCUGGAGGACAUGUCGGAAAUGAAGAGGCGAUUGGCGGAACAUCGAGCAAAGAAGGCGGAGGCAGCUGGUGGUGGCAGUAGCGGAUCAGCGACCCCUGCAAGCUCUGGACCGCCAGCUCCACAAGCCACCAAGACCGAGGAUGCAUAUGGACAACCCCCCGCUGCACCUGCGGCUGUUCCUGCACCUGUGGCUGCGCAACCAUAUUCUUACCCCCCACCUUAUGGCGGCGCACCCGCCACUCCAUAUCAACAGAUUGCUAGUCCGGUCUAUCAGACUUUCUCGCCCGUUAGCGGACAGGUUCCCGGUGCUGCUGCGCCUUACCCUCCCGCCGGGUACCCUCCUCAGAUGCCCGGAUACCCUCCUGCUCUCGCCUACGGAGCUCCUCCAUUCCCCCAGCACCCUAUAUCCGCCGAUUCAACCCCUCCCCCACGGCCUGGUAGCCUUCCUACUCCCUCUGGCCUCCCACAACGCCCGGCCUUCGGCGCACCUACAGUCAAUGCGCAGCAGUUGCAGCAGAUGCACAUGGGUCACGCUGUGCCACCGGCACCUGGUCACGGAAACGGAGAUGCAACCGGAGAAGUGUCCUCGUCGGUUAAAGAUCUAAUUUCGGACGCGGCGAACGAAGCGACAGAGAAGCCGGCCAAGAAGGACAAGUCCAAGGCCACGAGAAUGAUUUACCUCCACGACACAAUGAGUCCCGAAGAGAAGAUGUCUCAACUCCCACGGUACGCCGUCGACCGCAAACAAUUCCCACAGGAGACAGUGCUCGAUAACGGCCCCGACGCCACGGUAGUGGGAACAAUUCGCGAUUCGGAUACGGUGCUCGAUCCGGCGCAGUAA